AUGGGAAGCACGUCUCUAACCUCCCUUAGAGAUAAGAGAAAAAUGGGGAGUGUAAUUCAAGUGAGAAUUGCUGUGAUUAAAUUUGAUGGAAAUUCACUUAUAGCCAUUAUCCCGAGAAGAAGAUAAGGGGUAGGCUCAAAAUAGAAUAUCAACAGCUCCAUUGUCCAAAUAAAAGUUGAAAAGGGCAUCAAAUACGAGGACAAGUAUACGGAAUGUUAUUAUAAGAAAAAUCUUGGACCAUAUGUACAAAAAAUGCUUUGCCUGAGGAUGUCAGCGUGUCAGUGCGAGGAGGAUGAAGUGAUGUCAUCCUGCUGCGGCUGCUGCCACAAGAAAAUUGGAUGCAUCAUCGCCGGACUCCUGACUGUGGUGGGCGCGUGUGCAAUGACUGUGCUGACGUCGGUGCUUCUCGCUACCGACAGCGUGGCCCAGGAACUGGCCGACCACAUCCAGAAGCUUGUUUAUUAUUUGGAAAUUUGCUGCCUGACACUGAGCGUUCUCGGAAUGAUAGUUGGUGUCGCCUACAUCAUCGCAAUUUUGAAGGACAAGCCAAAACUGAUGAUCCCUUUCAUUAUUUGGUGGAUAAUCGUCACGAUCUUCCUGAUUUUGGAGGCCGUUUUGGUAGCGACGAAAAUACGACAACGUUCAGCAAUAUUAUUGGCUUUCGCCUUCGCCGUCUGUGCUUAUAUUUCUUGGUUGGCUUGUUCCUACAUGUUGGAGAGGCAAAGGGCAGCACGAGAAGAAAUUCCAAUCGAACUCGUUGACGAGAUCUUGGAAGAUGUCAAGAAUCGACGGAAAAGUUGGCUAAAUGAAGGAUAGUUAAAUAAUAUAACAGAAUUUUAUUACAAAGUUCAUAUUGUUGACAAAUUUUUCGAGCUGAGGCACUGUUAACAACCAACCAGUGUAGGGUAUAGUGUCGAGUGGAAGGUAAAAUAUUCUGUGCGUGUGGUUUUAUAAUUUCUAAUUUAGAAAGAUGAUCUUAUGCCAAAUGUACGUUCAAUGUAUCUGCGUUUGAGAAAUUAAUUUUCAGGUACAUACAUUGCAUACCCAUAUGCACAUUUAUAUGAAAUCUAAUGUAGAUACAGCUAUUGAUGCACAGCUAGGAUGAAUAGAAUUGAGUUCCUAUAUAUCAUGGCAGUGUUGUUCAUUUUUACACAUAUAACAAGUCUAUUUCACGGCCAAUAAUAUGGAAUAUGAUUUUUCGCAGAAACUAUUAAAACGUUUUGUGUAAAACGUAGCAAGUUUUGGUGUUGUUUAUUUAAACCGCUUUUAUUUUAUACUGCUAUAUGAAUAAAAAAAAUCUGAAGGCCAGCUGUGUCCUGUACUAAAGUAAUCGAACGAAGUCUGUCGCUCGCAAAUGUAUGUGCUAUGGCUCGUUAUUUAUGUCGUCAAUAACGAAAGCCAUGAGGGGAAUUACUGCAGCCAAGGUCAUCAUGUUUACCUCACUAUACAUCAAUCAACUCACCGUGUUCCCGUUAUAGCUUUCGCGUUGAUUUAUCGCCAUGCAUUGUUUCUCAAUCCAUACUUGACGUUCACGUCGUGUGGCCUAAUGUCGUACAUCAAUUAUUGUAACGUGAUUAUCAAGGUGCUUGCUAUGCCUUAUAGAACAUAAGGAAAAAUUAUGCCUUCGCAUAUUUUUUAUUGUGAACUUUUAGUAAAACCUCACCAAUGUAAAAAUCAGAUGAUGUGCACUCAUCGAAUCAACUUAAAUAUUUAAUCGCACUAUUUGAAUGAAUAAAUUAUUUA